GAGGAUUGCAGCUUUCUUUCUCGCCCGGUGGGUGUGGCAAGCUACCUGAGGCCCCUCGUCUCGAACUCGAACAAAUGAAAGAUGAACGGAGUCCCUUGGCAGUGCCUCAUCAAUAAGGAUAUGCAUGCGGGCAAUCGGAGUGUGGUGCUUGUCAACGAAGCCUUUGUCCAUGCUCAGCAAGAGGUGGAUGAUCUCAAGGGCCAACUGGAUGCUCAAAGCCGUGAAACGGAGAAAUAUUUGCACCUCCUGCGGGUGAAGGAGGAUGAGUUGAACCAAGCAGUUACUCUUUCCAACCUCCGGCCCGAUGCAACAAAGGCUGAAAAUCGUCAAUUAAAGGGUGAGCUGACCGAGAUGGUCGAGUAUAACUGGCAUCUCGAAGCGGACAAGAUCGGCCUUAGCCGAGACAAUGCUCAAUUUUUCUCGAGGCUUGGUCGCCUCGAAAUCACCCUCUCUCAACUCUGA